UCUCCAGUCUGCUUUGCCCCCCCUUCCUCUUCCGUAGAAUAUCCUCCUCUCCUCCAUCCCGUAUAUCCGCCGAUCCAUUGACGGAGAGACAGCAGGGAGGGAGAGGGAGAUGGGUGAGCCUGAGCCUGACGACGCGGUGCUCUUCGUCGGGGUGUCGCUGGUGCUGGGCAUCGCCUCCCGCCACCUCCUCCGCGGCACCCGCGUCCCCUACACCGUCGCCCUUCUCGUCCUCGGCGUCGCGCUCGGCUCCCUUGAAUACGGAACACAACAUGGCCUAGGCAAACUUGGAGCUGGAAUUCGCAUCUGGGCCAACAUAAACCCUGAUCUUCUGCUGGCUGUUUUUCUACCUGCCCUCCUGUUUGAAAGCUCCUUCUCCAUGGAAAUACACCAAAUAAAGAGAUGUAUGGCACAAAUGGUGUUACUUGCUGGACCGGGUGUUGUACUAUCAACUUUUUUACUUGGCUCUGCUGUAAAGCUCACUUUUCCUUACGACUGGAGCUGGAAAACAUCAUUGUUACUUGGUGGACUGCUUAGUGCAACUGACCCUGUUGCUGUGGUUGCACUGCUAAAAGAACUUGGAGCGAGUAAAAAGCUUAGUACAAUCAUUGAGGGUGAAUCCUUAAUGAAUGACGGGACCGCUAUUGUUGUCUAUCAGCUAUUCUAUCGAAUGGUGCUUGGAAGAACGUUUGAUGCUGGCUCAAUAAUAAAGUUCUUGUCAGAAGUUUCGCUUGGAGCUGUUGCUCUGGGCCUUGCAUUCGGAAUCGUAUCAGUACUGUGGCUGGGAUUUAUAUUUAAUGAUACAAUCAUAGAGAUUUCGCUCACUCUUGCUGUCAGCUAUAUAGCUUUCUUCACUGCACAAGAUUCACUGGAGGUCUCUGGUGUUUUGACAGUCAUGACACUGGGAAUGUUCUAUGCAGCUUUUGCAAAAACUGCUUUUAAGGGUGAAAGUCAGCAAAGUUUACACCAUUUCUGGGAAAUGGUUGCUUACAUUGCAAACACACUUAUUUUUAUACUGAGUGGGGUUGUUAUUGCAGAUGGUGUUCUACAAAAUAAUGUCCAUUUUGAGAGGCAUGGCACUUCGUGGGGCUUCCUUCUUCUGCUUUAUGUCUUUGUGCAAAUAUCUCGACUUAUAGUUGUUAGUGUUUUGUACCCAUUGUUGUGUCAAUUUGGGUAUGGGUUGGACUUCAAAGAGGCCAUGAUUCUUGUUUGGUCAGGGCUGCGAGGGGCUGUUGCUCUGUCACUAUCACUAUCUGUUAAGCGCACCAGCGAUGCAGUUCAACAUUAUCUUAAACCGGAAGUUGGAACAAUGUUUGUGUUCUUCACUGGUGGCAUUGUGUUUUUGACAUUGAUUUUUAAUGGUUCAACCACACAAUUUUUGUUACAUAUCCUCGGCAUGGACAAACUGUCAGCAACAAAGCUUCGCGUAUUGAAAUAUACAAGAUAUGAAAUGCUAAACAAAGCAUUAGAGGCUUUUGGUGAGCUUAGGGAUGACGAGGAACUUGGACCUGCUGACUGGGCUACUGUAAAGAAACAUAUCACAUGUUUGAAUGACUUGGACGAUGAUCCAGAGCAUCCCCAUGAUGUUGAUGACAAAGAUGACCAUGUGCAUACCAUGAACAUAAGAGAUAUUCGAGUGCGGCUUUUAAAUGGUGUGCAAGCCGCUUACUGGGCUAUGCUUGAAGAGGGACGAAUAAAUCAAGCUACAGCAAAUAUUCUGAUGAGAUCAGUUGAUGAAGCUAUGGAUCUUGUUUCUAGACAACCAUUAUGUGAUUGGAAAGGUUUAAAAUCCAAUGUCCAGUUCCCGAGUUACUAUAGGUUCCUUCAGAUGAGCAGGUUGCCACGAAAGCUUGUCACAUACUUCACAGUCGAAAGAUUGGAGUCAGGAUGUUACAUCUGUGCUGCAUUUCUUCGUGCUCACAGAAUUGCAAGGCGGCAGCUUCAUGAUUUUCUCGGUGAUAGUGAGGUUGCAAGAAUUGUUAUUGACGAAAGUAAUGCUGAGGGAGAGGAAGCUAGAAAAUUCUUGGAAGAUGUUCGAGUCACAUUCCCGCAGGUGCUACGUGUGCUAAAGACGCGACAAGUCACAUAUUCUGUAUUGACACACUUGAGCGAGUAUAUUCAAAACCUCCAGAAGACUGGGUUACUGGAAGAGAAGGAAAUGGUCCAUUUAGACGAUGCUUUACAGACAGACUUGAAGAAGUUGAAGAGGAAUCCACCACUAGUGAAAAUGCCAAGAGUUAGUGAUCUUCUAAACACUCAUCCUUUAGUUGGCGCGCUGCCUGCUGCUGCACGUGAUCCUUUGCUAAGCAAUACAAAGGAAACUGUACGAGGGCAUGGCACCAUCCUAUAUCGGGAAGGCUCAAGGCCAACUGGUAUAUGGCUUAUAUCUAUUGGUGUAGUAAAGUGGACAAGUCAAAGAUUAAGCAGAAGGCAUUCCUUGGAUCCAAUUUUAUCACAUGGAAGCACUUUGGGUCUGUAUGAGGUGCUGAUCGGAAAGCCCUAUAUCUGUGACAUGAUCACAGAUUCCGUUGUACACUGUUUCUUCAUCGAAGCUGAAAAGAUAGAUGAGCUGCGUCAUUCAGAUCCUUCCAUUGAGGUUUUCCUGUGGCAGGAAAGCGCUCUGGUCAUUGCUAGGCUUUUGCUUCCUCAGAUAUUUGAGAAAAUGGCAAUGCAUGAGAUCAGGGUUCUCGUUGCUGAAAGGUCGACGAUGAACAUAUACAUCAAGGGGGAAGACAUCGAACUUGAGCAGAAUUACAUUGGCAUUUUGCUUGAAGGAUUCUUGAAGACCAGGAACCAGAAUCUGAUCACGCCUCCAGCGGUACUUCUGCCAUCAAAUGCUGACUUGAGCUUAUUCGGACUUGAGUCCUCAGCCGUGAACCUUGUAGACUACUGUCAUACUGCACCCAGCUACCAAGUGGAGGCUAGAGCGCGGAUCAUCUUCUUUGAUAUGGGCAGGGCCUCCGAGGCAGAGGCUGAUCUUCAGCGAACCGCGUCGCUGCUGUCUCACGGCCAUGAGCUGCCACGGACAAUGAGCAAGGAGCACAGCGGCUUGCUCCGUUGGCCGGAGAGCUUCCGGAGGUCCCGGGGGGGCCACAGUGCCAGCCUAAGUGAGAUCAGAAACCAGCCGGACAGCUUCUCUGCCAGGGCCUUGCAACUGAGCAUGUACGGCAGCAUGGUGAGCCCCUCCGGCCAGGGUGCCCAGGGUCACCGGCGUCAUAGGCCCCGUGGCAUGCCGGUUGCGAACAAGAGGCACAGCUCUUCCUACCCUCGGGUGCCAUCGAGGCCAGCCAACACCCGGCCUCUGCUCUCCGUGCAGUCGGAGGGUUCAAACAUGAAACGAAUGGCGGCUCCGAAAGACGCUGGCGAGGCUACCACCACCGCUCCUGCUCCGGCAACCUCCACAGACCAGCAGCAACAGAAGGUGAUGCAAGAUGACAACUCAAGCGAUGACUCUGCCGGGGAAGAAGUCAUCGUCAGAGUCGACUCUCCCAGCAUGCUAUCUUUUCGUCAAUCCACCGCUGGGGUUCGUUCACCAACACCAUCCCAGGACCAGUAGCCGGACCUGGCAUUCUUUGUCCUGUAACAUGAAUGCAUUUAUUGCUGCGUGUAUUGUAUAGCAAAAAUAAAAGGGACACAUUUAUCCCUUCUCUUUGUAUUCAUACUCUAUACUUCGUAGGACAUCGCCAUGCUAUAUAUGCAGGGCCUUUUGGAAUCCCUGGUUAUAUGGAUA